UUUACCUUCUUGGCAUCGAUUUGAUGGAUGCAUUCGAUCUCUGGUCACUGCCCAUUAGCACGUACUGCAACAACGUCACUGUUCCUUCUGUCACUUUGCAGUCACUCAAAUCAGCAUACCCGAGGGUGUUUAGGAGCGAGCUGGGGUUGUGUACGAAAACAAAAGUGAAAUUGGAACUAAUACCAGGUGCAACUCCAGUUUCUCGUGCAAAGCGUCCAGUGGCUUAUGCGGUACAUAGCAGUGUGGAUAACGAACUCGACCGACUGGAACGAGCAAAAAUCAUCACACCGGUAGACUUUUCGGAUUGGGCAGCUCCCAUCGUCGUCGUCCGAAAAACGAACGGAUCUAUUCGUAUCUGCGGUGACUAUUCCACCGGUCUCAACAAUGCCCUGCAACCGCAUCAAUAUCCGUUGCCGCUACCGGAAGAAAUUUUCAACAAAUUGGCUAAUUGCACAGUGUUUAGCCGAAUUGAUCUGCCGGAUGCAUUUCUGCAGGUAGAAGUGGACGAAAGCAGCCGUGAAUUGUUAACCAUCAACACCCAUCGGGGACUUUACCGGUACAACCGUCUGACACCGGGAGCAUUCCAGCAACUUAUCGAUACUAUGCUGGCAGGCCUCCCUCAUACGUGUGGUUAUUUAGAUGACGUCGUCGUUGGUGGUGUAAAUCCUGAAAAUCACUGGGCGAACCUUCAUGCAGUGUUUCAAAGGAUCAGCGAUUUUGGUUUUACCAUUCGUGUAGAAAAGUGCAUAUUCGCUCAGCCGCAAAUUAAAUAUGUAGGUCAUCUGCUUGACCGCAACGGUCUUCGCCCGAAUCCAUCAAAGGUUCAAGCCAUCAACGAAAUGCCACCGCCCACUGACGUUUCCGGUGUUCGUUCUUUCCUAGGAGCAAUAAAUUACUACGGCAAGUUUGUUCCUAGUAUGCGCACCCUUCGGUAUCCUCUUGAUGAGCUGCUCAAGGCGGAUGCAAAAUUUGAGUGGACGGAAAAAUGCCAGGCGGCAUUUAACAAAUUUAAAGAGGUGUUGAAAUCCGAUCUACUGUUGACUCACUACAACCCUGCGCUUGAUAUAGUUGUGUCGGCAGAUGCGUCGUCUGUUGGUGUCGGUGCAACAUUAUCACACAAGUUUCCGGACGGUACUCUCAAGGUGGUACAGCAUGCCUCCAGAGCAUUCACAGCAGCAGAGAAAAACUAUAGUCAGCCCGAUCGUGAAGGACUUGCAAUAAUUUUCGCAGUGACUAAAUUUCACAAAAUGUUGUUUGGUCGUCGCUUUCAUCUUCAGACUGAUCACGAACCGCUGCUGAGGAUUUUCGGUUCGAAGAAAGGAAUUCCUGUUUACACAUCGAACCGGUUACAACGUUGGGCUCUUACGCUAUUGCUUUAUGAGUUCACCAUCGACACGUCAGACCUGAGGAAGAUUACGUGA